UAAUAUAAUUAAUAAUUUCUCCUAAUGACCUCGGAUGUUAAAUCUGCAGAGCAAAACGUAUGAUGAAUCUAUGGUAACAAUUACGUAUCAGACAUUAUUUUCGUAUCAAAGGCGUCAAUUUUUGUUGAAACAUGAAGUAGAUUUUUUAAAUUAAAUUUGUAAAAAUUGACUUUUGAUUGAAGUCACAAUAUUCAAAAAAUAUCGUUAUGGAAAUCGAUUAAUAUAUCUCGUACAUCUACUGAUAUGACAUAUAUCGUCGUUAAUAAUGCCGAGAAGCGCUUCUCCCCUUCCAUCGAUAUAUUUUUUCUUUCACAAUUAAGUCUGCGCAUGCGCAUUACGUAUAUAUUUAGAACUUUCUACGCCGUGUUCGAUGGAGCACAUGUCAGUUUGUCUGAUAUGUCGUUAAGAUCACGAUGGAUUCAUCAUUGCUUCCGUCGCCUUUUGUGCUAUUACUGAUUACAUUGACCUUCAUUAGCGUUCUUAAAAUUAUCGCUCUGCUGCAUCACACAUAUUUUUACUGGAAAAAUAAAGGCCUUCCUUAUUUACCAAAUUCGCUGUCAUCUUUUCUAGUGAGUUGGAAAUGGAUUUUGGGUUACAUCAGUUUAACCGAUUAUUGCCAAUGUUUAUACGACUACAUCCCAAAUGCUAAAUAUAUUGGAAUAGUAGAUCUUUUAUCGCCUGCCGUGUUUGUGCGCGAUCCCGAACUGAUUAAAGACAUUAUGGUGAAAGAUUUUGAACAUUUUCCGGAUCAUCGUAACUUCGUUGACGAAAAUGUAGAUCCAUUUUUUGGCAAGAACGUCUCCUCCUUGCGGGGGGAUCGUUGGAGAGAAAUGAGGAAUACAUUAACCCCCACUUUCACAGCAAGCAAAAUGAAAUUCAUGUUUGAUUUACUAUCGAAAUGUUCUCACGAUUUCGUUGACUAUUUGGUCGACCAUCCGGAACUUUGUCAUGUGAUCGAAACGAAGGAGGUCUUUAGACGAUACACUGCCGAUGUAAUUGCUACGGCAGUCUUUGGCAUAAGUGUGAAUUCUAUGAAAGAUCGAGACAAUGAAUUCUAUAUAAGAGGAGCGGAGGCAACUAAAUUUCCUACAGGACUGCUAACAAUAGCCAAGUUCAUGAUUUUACGCGCGUGUCCGUGGCUUGCUAAAUUAAUUGGAUUGACUUUUUUUCCGUCGAGGACGGCCGAGUUUUUCAAGAAGAUCGUACGGGAAACAAUUAGAGUGAGAGAAGAACAAGGUAUCAUCAGACCGGACAUGAUUCAUUUGCUAAUGCAGUCUCGCGAUAAGCGAAGUGAUACUGUACACAAAAUGUCAUUAGAUGACAUUGUUUCGCAAGCUUUUAUUUUUUUCUUUGCCGGCUUUGAAACGUCUUCGACCUUGAUGUGUUUCAUUGCUCAUGAAUUAGCGGUUAAUCAAGAUAUUCAAGAUCGUCUGCGCCAGGAGGUACAGCAGCAUCUUGCCGAAGGAAGCGGUGAAAUUUCUUACGAGUCUCUAACGAAGAUGUCUUACAUGGAUAUGGUGGUUUCCGAGACUCUCAGAAAAUAUCCACCGAACAUUAUCCUAGAUAGACUUUGUGCUAAGAGAUACGAAUUACCUCCAUCGCAACCAGGUUUUAAAAGUGUGAUUGUCGAACCUAACGAUAUAUUGCUGUUUCCUGCUUAUUCUUUACAUCGCGAUCCGAAAUAUUUUCCGAAUCCGGACAAAUUCGAUCCCGAAAGAUUUAACGAAGAAAACAAAAACAACAUAUUACCAUGCACUUAUAUACCGUUCGGUCAUGGACCCAGAAAGUGUAUCGGCAAUCGAUUUGUUCUUAUGGAAACAAAGAUCCUAAUAGCUCAUCUUUUGCAAAAGUUUACUUUUAAAACUACGGAUAAAACCGUCGAACCUGUCGUAUUUACUAAAAAGGAAUUUAUAUUAAAACCUGUUGGCGGAUUCUGGAUUAACUUGGAGAAGAGAGAAACGGCUAUCAAAUUUUCUACAGGACUACUAAUGCUGGCCAAGUUUAUGAUAUUACUCAAGUGUCCAUGGCUUGCUAAAUUAAUUGGUUUGACUAUCUUUCCGUCGACUAUGAGCGAAUUUUUCAAGAAGAUCGUACAGGAAACAAUUAGUGCGCGAGAAAAUCAAGGUAUCGUCAGACCUGAUAUGAUCCAUUUGCUAAUGCAGUCUCGAUAUAAAGAAGGUGACUCUGUACACAAAAUGUCAUUAGACGACAUCGUUUCGCAAGCUUUUAUCUUUUUCCUUGCGGGUUUCGAAAAUACUGCGAUCCUGAUGUGUUUCGUUGCUCACGAACUGGCGGUUAAUCGAGAUAUUCAAGAUCGUUUGCGCCAGGAGGUACAGCAACAUCUUACCGACGGAAACGGUGAAAUUUCUUAUGAGUCGCUAUCCAAGAUGACUUACAUGGAUAUGGUGGUUUCAGAAGCUCUCAGAAAAUAUCCACCGCAGAUUUUCAUAGAUAGAGUUUGUGCUAAGAGAUAUGAACUGCCUCCAUCGCUACCAGGUUGUAAAAAUGUAAUCAUCGAACCUAACGAUGCAGUGAUGUUUCCUGCUUAUGCUAUACAUCACGAUCCGAAGUAUUUUCCUAAUCCAAACAAAUUCGAUCCCGAAAGAUUCAGCGAAGAAAACAAAGACAAUAUAUUCCCAUACACUUAUCUACCAUUCGGUCAUGGGCCCAGAAAGUGUAUCGGCAAUCGAUUUGCUCUUAUGGAAACUAAGGUUGUCAUUGCUCAUCUUUUACAAAAGUUUACUUUGAAAACUACGGAAAAAACUGUCGAACCUGUUGUAUUCACUAAAAGGGAUUUUAUAUUAAAACCUGUUGGCGGAUUUUGGAUUGGCUUAGAGAAGAGAGAAAUUUAAAAAUUUUGCAGCAGAUAUAUUAUUUUACAAUACAUAUUAAAUUUGUUCGAAAAAAUAUUUUCACAUUUUGUAAUUUUAAAUUAGUUUUAUGCUUUCAAACAUAAUUGAAAUAAUCAGCAAGAUUUAUUUGCAAUGUAUUACAUUAUCGUUUAAAGCAAAUUCAUAAGUCGAAUGUUAGUGUUAAUGCUAAAUGCAAAUUUUUACUAACGUGAAAUGAAGAAAUUAAUAAGUGUUGUGAUAUACAAUAUACUUUCAAGUUUAUUUGAUUAUGCUGAUCGUUUUAAUGACGUAAUGAAAUUUCCAUUAAUUGUUUAAUAGUAUGAUAUUUUUAAUACUUUAUUUUAAGAGCGAUUAUUUUUAUAAUGUGUGUGUGUGUGAUAAAUUGGAGUGGCACAUAGUCCAAUGUUAUCUCUCAACUAAAUUAAAGUUUCGUAAGCUUUUGUAUUCUUCUUAGAAGCUUGCUAACAUAA